CAGGUGGAGGAGACGUCCUUAAGCAGCUGAAGUGCACGGUGGUUGGACUUGAUCGGGCAGGACUGGGCUGGGCUGCAGGACGAGCAUCGGUGGACGCUGUGCACGGUCGGUGCGCGGAUCCUCCUGCAGCCGCUGGAUUCACAGCAUGCACCCGUUUAUCCCAAACAUGGUUCGGCUGAUUUUCCCAUCUUGAGCAUCCGCACACAUGCUGGACACAUAAAUGUGGACAUGAGGAGGACGGGGGAUGCAGCUGCAAUGGAUUAAUGAGGAGUACACAUGGACUUUGAUUUGUUUUCGUGAAAUUAUUGGCUCUUAAUAUUUCUCAUUCGGUCUUGGCCAUGGAGAACCAGGCAGCCGAGCAGCAGAACUAUGAAGAUGUACAGAAAAGCGGCUAUCUCCGCAAGCAUAAAUCAAUGCACCGGCGGUUCUUCGUGCUGAGGGCGGCCUCGGAGCAUGGUCCUGCUCGGCUGGAGUAUUACGAGAAUGAGAAGAAAUUCCGCAGUAAAUCACCUGUGCCCAAAAAAGUCCUGAACCUGGAGACUUGCUUCAACAUCAACAAGCGGGCAGAUUCCAAGAACAAGCACAUGAUAGUCCUUUAUACCCGCAGCGAGAGCUUUGCCAUCGCUGCAGACAGUGAGGAGAUCCAAAAUGAGUGGUACCAGGCAAUGCUGGACCUUCAAUGCAACUGUCGAACACCUGAUGACUAUGGCAGUAGUGGAGAGUGCAGUUCACCUUCUCCUAUUCCGACCUUCAAAGAAGUAUGGCAGGUCAAGGUUUGGCCCAAAGGUCUCGGACAUGCUAGGAACCUGGUGGGCAUUUACCGGCUGUGCCUAACUGACAAGACUGUCAACUUUGUCAAACUCAACUCUGAUGUGGCUGCUGUGGUGUUGCAGCUAAUGAACGUUCGCAGAUGUGGCCAUUCAGAGAAUUUUUUCUUCAUUGAAGUGGGUCGCUCAGCAAUCACUGGUCCAGGAGAGUUCUGGAUGCAGGUCGAUGACUCGGUGGUAGCUCAGAAUAUGCAUGAGACUCUGCUGGAGGCCAUGAAGGCUCUAAGUGAGGAGUUUCGUCAGCGUAGUAAGUCUCAGUCUGUGGGAACAUCAUGUGGAGGAGGAACAGCUUCAAACCCCAUCAGCGUCCCGAGUCGUCGUCAUCACCCAAACCUCCCACCAAGUCAGGUGGGCUUCUCCCGCCGCGCCCGGACAGAAACACCCGGAACAGGAGGCAGCAGCACGAGCACGUCACCCACGUCACGCCACGGAUUCCCCAGGGCGAGGACCGCCAGCAUCGGGGCCAGAUCAGAGGAGAGUGGAGCAAGUGCCAAAGGGACAUGGGCAAGCUCCAGCCCGAGUCUUAAUGGGUCCUGUUCAACCACGCCAACACUGAGGCCAAAACCCACCAGGGCCCCAACACCUGCUAAGAUCACACUCAGCCUUGCACGUUACACACCUAACCCUGCUCCUUCUCCUGCACCAAGCCUGUCCUCCAGCUCUGGGCAUGGCUCAGAAUGUGGCCUGGUGGGGGCAGCAGUGGGAGGCAUGACAGUCUGCUCUUACCCUCGAGUUUGUCAGAGAGUUUCUGUCUCUGGCUCACCCAGUGACUACGGCUCCUCUGAUGAAUAUGGAUCCAGUCCUGGGGAACACUCUUUGCUCGUCCCUAGUGUGUCUGGACAUCAUGCACAUGGCGAAGGCUCUUCCAGCUACAUUGUCAUGGGACAGCGAGAGGGUCUCUUGGGCUCACAUCAUCGCUCCAAAGGUCGGAGGAUUCUGCGGCGCUCAUCCAGUAGGGAAUGUGAAGCAGAACGCAGGCUGCUAAGUAAGAGGGCUUCCCUGCCUUUAGCAGCUCAUGAACGACUGGCCCCACAUAGGAAAGAUGAAGAUGAUGAUGAUGAAGAAUAUGCCAUCAUGUCCCAGAGUACUAACAGAGAGAGAGCUGAUUUCUCAGGUGGUCUGGCACUGGGGGGUGGGCAGCAGCUUGAUGUGGUAGGGGAGAGUAGGAAGAGGGCUGAAAAAAGCAGGGGAGAGGUGGAUACAGGAGCAGCUGUGGAUAGUGGCUAUAUGUCAAUGCUGCCUGGUGUGACAUCUCCUCCUGUUUCACUUUCUCUCUCGAUAGGUAUGUCUGAUGCCAGUGCAAAACCGGGGACAGGCGAUGAGUACAUGGCCAUGACCCCCAACAACAGUGUGUCCCCCCCUCAGCACAUCCGUCAGCCUAGCUCAGAGGGAUACAUGGUCAUGUCUCCUCAUAGUAGCAGCUCAACAGACCUGCACGGACUGGGCAUGUGGGAUAGCAGGGCCAGCAUGGAGAGCCGGGCUGCCAGUGACUACAUGAACAUCUCACCUGUCAGCAGCCGCUCAGCCUGCAGUACGCCGCCGUCCCACCCAGAGCAACACCAACUGCAACCAAAAAUGUUCAAUUCCUAUUUCUCACUACCACGAGCUUAUCAACAUACUCUCUACACUCGCUUUGAAGAGGACUUAAACAAAGGGGAGGGAAAAAAGGACAGCAGUGUGCAUGAUGGUGCUGGAAGGGGAGGGGGAGUAGGAUACAGCAAAAGAAACAAAAUCACAGUGGGCCCUGCAGGAGGCUGCCAACUCUCCAUGUCUUCCUCUUCUUUCUCCUCCAGCUCAGCCAGCAGUGAAAGCCUGGAGGACAAGUCUAUAUCGGCAGGAAGGGGAUUGAGUUUAUUAAGAACCGGAGCAGAGUACAAGAGCGCGGGAACAUGCACAAAGGAUGGGCGUCACCACCAAAAACGUGUAUCAAGUAGUAAGAGCCCAAAGCAACAAAGACGGGGCCGUCCAGUUAGUGUGGCCUCAGACAUUACAAAAGCAAACACCCUGCCCAGGGUGAAAGAGAACCUGCCUCCAGGCUCUCAGAACGUCGGUGAGUAUGUCAGUAUUGUGUUUAAGGAAGAUACAAAGUAUGCAGGAGGAAGACGAACAGGGUCAGAGCGUGGACAGACUGUCAUUCAUGGAACCCUACGCCCUGUGAAUCAGCCGCUCCUCUGCCACGAUAACCCUGCGAACCUCCCCCGCAGCUUCUCGGCACCGCUGUCAACUUCUGCAGAAUACGUCAGCAUGGAUUUAGGGAAGUCCUCGACCCCCACGACUUCUGUGAGGUCCACCUUCAGCACCCCACAGGGCCCACCGGCUGUUACCCCAAAGGCCCGACUUGAACAUAGUACGUCCUCUCCUCUGGCAGCAGAGGGCAACGCAGGGUACAGAACAAAAGUAUCGAUGGCAGCGAUGCCAACAGACGUCCCCACAGCAUUUACAGACAGCAAAGGUUCAGAUCCCAGCAUUUCAGCAAGACCUGCCAUCCACUCUGGUCAGCCCUUACCUGUGGAGCAGGACACAGGCUUGGGUUUUUCUCCUGUCAAGUCCUUCCAGUCGCCUGAGCGGAACAGCAGGCUGGUCCGAGGUGACCUGCAGGGACGUCGCAGCCACCUCUCAGACGCAUUUAACUCACCUCCCUCACUACCACGCCACCCACCAUCCUCUACCUCCCUCUUCCCGGAGGGCAGCCAGGCAGCGAGCCAUCGACAUGGUUUGGACUGCUCACUGUGGGAGAACGGACAGGCAGCUAGUUUGUCUGCCACACCUCCACCACAAGCAUCCACCUCAUCUGCAGAACAAGGCCUUAACUAUAUUGACCUUGACUUGGCCAUUAAGGAGAGCCCUCAAGCCGGAGCGGAGUGGAGCUCUGCUGCCUACAACAUCGGAGGAAGCGCUUUGGGGAGCAGUACUGGCUCCAGCCUCAACACUUAUGCCAGUAUUGAUUUCUAUAAGUCAGAAGAACUGAGAGCACAUCAGAACAGUAGAAAGGAUGGUCAAGAUUGUUGAUUCCCAUCCUCAUCUUGGAUCUGAGCGUGACACCGUUGUGACAGCUCCUCUCUCGGUCUGUGAGGAAACGGUUGGCAGCCUGAUCUGUUGCUACAACAGAACUAUACACAGAGUCUGAAAAGUCAUCAACCUGUCUGCUGGUUUCCCUCAACCAAAUGUGUGCCAAACACACACACACACAUGAACACACACACAUGAACACAUCUACAUACGAACACACAGACACAGGGUAAGGGUUCUUUUAUCUUGUUUUGGAUGAAUCUGACAUUUGAUGAUCAUUUAACUUAAUACAGGUAAAGGAUGAGAAUUGAUGUGAUUUUGUGAGUUCGGAGGUGACACCGUGUCGAUCACUGUCAAUCACAACCUGUUCAGUCUUCAUUAAAUCUGAUGCACAUGAUCAAUGCACUCGAACAAUCAUGUCAGUUCAAGAAGGCGUUCAGGGAAAACCAAAAAACAUCCACCUCUUUAUCCACUUGUGUAGACGUUUAAGUGUGUCACAUCUCCUCAAGAAAUAUAAAGCCUUGAAAUGCAAGGUUGAAAGUGGCAGCUGGUACAUUUACACACGUCUCAGCUCCAUUUUGAAACAUUUUAUGUUAAAUUAUUAAAUCAAGAGGAAACCUGAAAUUCUCGUUGCUAAUUUUUUUUGUCUCAUCUCAUAUUUCUCGUUAUCCUUUGUUAAUGUUAAAGUUAAAGCAUCAUCAAAUGUCACUUUGGCUCAAAAUAAGAUGAUAGAUACAGCCUGACAGAGGUUCCACACUCUCUAACAUGUUGUCACUAUAAACAUAUUUGGUUUAUUUACAGUUGUCCAAAAAGGCUUUUACUUCGUUUUACUUGUGCUAUGCUGAGGGCUUCUUAAUAUGCUUAAUUAUUAUUGGGUUUUUUUAGACAAGAACAGUUUAUUUAAUUGAUAAACAGUGUUAUAUGAAUGGAAUCAGAUUUUCACAUAAUUUAUGCAACCUAUAGAAGUUUAAGGUGUAAUAAAUCAGUCUCUAGUGGUUACAUGUGUAGCUGAAAUGACAGUAUCUGUUCAGACUUGACCAUCAGGGUGCAGCAGAGGAGUUUCUUCGUAUUUUAUUCAAGGUUUUGGACUGCAAUCUGUGAUUUCUUUUGCACAGUUGUCUUGUAUCUCUGAAGCAAAUACACAUUCACUUAAGAUUCAUAUUUAUUCAUCCUCUGUUUUGAUGAUGCAUAAACAUGUCCUGUCAUGUCCUGUCGCUGAUCAUGGCAAACAGUACUGACUCUCAGUGGUAUUUUAGGGUGUUUAGUGGAUUCUCCAAUACAGAAGAUGGUGUUUGGAGUAAAAUCUUGAAUUAUUGCCCCACUGUCCCUGUAUGCAAAUUUAUAUUGCUUUUUUUCCCCCUUUAAAUAAUACAGAAAUUUCAAUUAGGAUACAUGCAUUUAUUAAACUGGAAUCCCAUAUGUGUUUGUGCUGCAGCACAAAUACUGUAAAAAGGUAAACGUAGGCUGCAGCUUUCAACAAAUAUAACGCUGCACAAAUAACUGCUACUACAUGGAACCGUUUCAGACAUGCAUUUAUUCAAUAACCAAGGCAUGGAAGUUGCAUAGAAAUGGACAAAUUAACAUAAGGGUUGUCUGCUGUGCAUGUAAACAGCUUAAUCAAAUCACUCUCAAACUCAGUAGAAGGAAAAUAAUUAGACUGUAUGUAUGUAAAUGGACCCACUGAGAUGUGCUGGCAGGGUCUGAUAACUGUGUUGAAAACAUUAUUUACAGUAUGUAUUUGUUCUAUAUUUAACUGCUAUAUGAGUUCAUUUUGAAGCAAUGUAUAGCACAAAGAAAAGGUAAAAACUUUCUUGGCAACUGUGUUUCUAUUAAAACUGUAUAUUAUGCUACAGUAUUUACUAUAAUGUACAAGUAGAAUGACAUGAACUAUAGUACAUACUGUAGUUCCUUUUCUUCAUUUUCAUUGCAGUUAACACAAUUCUAAUAUAAAGUGACACAUUACAAUGGUAUAUAAGAUAUACAGUAUACAUACAUUAUAAUGAUUAAUACUAUAUAGCCUAGAUAUCUAUAUACUCUUUUAUAAAGUGCCUCAUUUUUGAUUGUAGCUGUUUUUACACAGGUAAUCUUAAAAUGGGUUGUGAAAAUGGAAAAAGUGUUGUUUCUCUCCUGAGUCUAAAUUGUGAAUAUGAUGAACUUUAAAGACAAACCUGACACAUAUGUUACGAUUAGUAAACAAUGAUCAAAUUGCCUUACUAUGUUUGUCAGAAAAAAAAAUCAGAUUUUAUUUUUUUGCGGUGCCUAACACUUAAGCCACAAUGUAAGCACUCCUUCGCUCUUUUGUUUGGCUUCAUCAAGCUGAGGUUUGGCCAAAAAGUGAAGCAAAAAAAUAGACCAUCUCCCUCUCUGGCCCUCUGUCUCUCUUUGUCGUUUCACACCCCAGGAAGUGUCCACUUCAGGCCCUACUGUCCAUUUUUUCCACUCGUCUCUCAACAAACCAACCCCUUGUUGUUCAGUGUGAAAGCUCACAGCCUGUAGCAGAUGGGACGUCGUCCAUCUGAAGGUGUUUGGAAGUGGGCAGAAUAAACAAUGGAGCAAAUAGACAACACUAAUGUGCAUAGCUUGUUAUAGUUGAAUUCUAAUUAUGAUAACAAUAAGCAAUGCACGGUGUCCUGUAUAUAAAAUAAAUUGUCCACUGAGGAAAGGUGGAAAGUAAAAUACAUGACAGAAUUUCAAAAUCAACAUUAGUCCAGUUAGUAGAGACUACUCACUGAUUUAUGUAGCCUAAAAAACUCAACAUGGAUUCAUUCCUGUUUUUCUGGAUGUGGAUCGAGUCCCCAGAAGGUGUGAAGACUACUUCUUGCUCUAACUCUGUCUUUUUUUCCCGCUCUCAUCACGGGAUUUGGUCUAAACUCUGAGACGGUGCCAUUCCUACUCACAACCCAUUCAUUAUUUCCUCAUUACAGUCAUUUACAACAUGUUGCUGCUGUCAAAAAAAGUUGCCAAAAAAUAUAAAGUCUGACAACAAUUCAGAGGUCUGCUAUGAAGACAAUUUGCAAAGAAAAUCAAUCACAGUCAUGUGAUUUUAAAGAACUCUUUUUCCUAUUUAGUAGCCACUGGGCCAAAUACUAAGUGAUCAAAUUUAAACAGCUUCAACAUUUUUUUUGUUUAGCAAGUCGCGUUUUUAUUAAAAAUAGUGUGACUUCUAGUUUAUGACUGGUUACGUACUGUAUCCAGAUCUGCUGAUGGAGUUUGACCAUACUGCGAUAUCAGUGAUGCUGUUUAAUGACUGGUGUGCUGGUGGAUAAAUAUUUGCCAGAUAUCCAUGGUGUUGUGAUGGCAAACACUUCACUAACUGCACUGACCAAACUCUCACCAUCACAGAUCUGACUGUGUGUAUACAGGGUACAAAUGACGAAGGCUCUCUUGAUGUAUUUUUGACACUGGUAGCUUUUCCCACAUUUAGAAUUUUUAUCUUUUUACCACAGGGGCUCACUAACCAAAUAAUUCUUACCCUGUUGCAGAUAUUAUAUGCUUAACUGCACUUGUACGCUGUUACAUUAAAAAAAAAAACAA